AUGGCUCGGGAUACGAAUGGCUCUCCCAAUGGGACACCCUAUACCUUGUACCACAAUUACUAUUCCAUCUGCUCGAUUAUGAUGCGUUACCUGAUGCGCAUUCGCGGUGAUCCCGCCAGUCCCGCCGUCAAAAUGGAUGUGACGGAACACAACGUCGAUAUCUUCAGUGAAGAGCAAUUCAGUGAGGACUAUUUGCUGAAGGUGAACCCGAACGGCCAGGUACCGGUGCUCGGAAGCCCUGUCGCUUUCUCCUUUCCACUUGCUCAGACGACUGCUAUCAGCGCUUACGUUUCGGAACGUUAUCCUGCUCUUCUUCCAAAAGCUCAUGCCGAAACCAUCGAGAAAUCCCUGAAGCAGAUGCAUGAUCUUAACUUCUUCACCCUCUCUUUCCUAAAGAGCCCGAAGCUCGCUUCUGGCUUCGCGGACGUCGCACUCAAAAGGUUGGCCAGAAACGACAUCAGUGAAGAGUAUCGCAAAGCGUUGGAGUAUAAGCUGAUGAUUCUGAAAAGGGACAAGGUCGAUGCACUCCACCCCGAGAAAAUUCACAGCGAAGUGAACAAGGCCGUUGCAUACCUGGAAGAGGUAGCAUCGUACCUUGAGCCUGAAGCUGGGCCUUGGAUGUUUGGACAGCCGAGGCCCACGGCUCUUGAUGCGCAUCUUGUUGUUAUGAUAGCAAGACUACAGGAUGUCGGACGAGGCAGCAUCAUUCCAGAUGCCUUGAAAGAAUAUGCAGAGAAAGCCACGAGCACUCCUGAAUGGAUUGAGGUUAUGGAAGGGAGAAGAACCAUGUAUGAUGGGUCUGGGGCCGGACUGGUGCGUCAAGAUUAG